GCCGCUCCGCUCUAUGGCUCGGCGGAGAGAGGCGGCGGAGAGCGGUAGCGGUGGCGGUGGCGGGGCCAGACAGUUAAAUGUCGUCAGAAGACCAAGAAGCCCAGGAGGAUGAAUUGCUGGCAUUGGCAAGUAUUUAUGAUGAAGACGAAUUUAAAAAGGCAGAGUCUACCCAAGGUGGAGAAACCAGAAUCUGUCUGGAAUUGCCCAAGAAUUUCAAAAUAUUUGUGAGUGGCAAUUUGACUGAAGGUCCCCAGAAUGGUGGCUUCGAAUACACCAUUUGCUUUCUGCCUCCUCUGGUGCUGAAUUUUGAAUUUCCACCAGAUUAUCCAUCAACCUCCCCUCCAGCAUUCACACUCAGUGGGAAAUGGCUUUCACGUGCUCAGCUGACGGCCCUGUGCAAGCACCUGGACAACCUGUGGGAAGAGAACCGCGGCUGCGUGGUGAUGUUCGCCUGGAUGCAGUUCCUGAAGGAGGAGACCCUCGCCUACCUGAACAUCGCCUCCCCCUUCGAGCUCAAGCUGAGCCCCCAGGGCACCGGGCCCGGCCUGGACCCAGCCCAGGGCGAGGCAGAGCCCGCCGCCCCCGACACCCGGGCCAUACAGGAUGUGGAGUCUCUGUCCAACCUGAUCCGGGAGAUCCUGGACUUCGACCAGGCUCAGCAGAAGAAGUGCUUCAACAGCAAGAUGUACCUGUGCCACAUCUGUUUCUGCGAGAAGCUGGGCCGCGAGAGCAUGUACUUCCCCGAGUGCCGGCACGUCUACUGCCGAGCCUGCCUCAAGGACUACUUUGAAAUCCAGAUCAGGGACGGACAAGUCCACUGCCUCAAUUGCCCAGAACCAAAGUGCUCCUCGGUUGCCACUCCUGGUCAGGUGAAGGAGCUGGUGGCUGAAGAGCUGUUUGCCCGCUACGACCGCCUCCUCCUGCAGUCCAGUCUGGAUCUCAUGGCAGACGUGGUGUACUGCCCGCGGCCGGACUGCCAGACGCCCGUGAUGCAGGAGCCUGGCUGCACCAUGGGAAUCUGCUCCAGCUGCAACUACGCCUUCUGUACGCUCUGCAAGAUGACCUACCAUGGCGUCUCUCCGUGCAAAGUCACCGCAGAGAAGUUAAUUGACUUACGAAACGAAUACCUCGAAGCAGAUGAGGCCAAUAAAAGGUUUCUGGAGCAGCGGUAUGGCAAAAGGGUGAUCCAGAAAGCCCUGGAAGAGAUGGAGAGUAAAGAGUGGCUGGAAAAGAACUCCAAGAGCUGUCCCUGUUGUGGCACUCACAUAGAGAAACUAGAUGGAUGUAACAAGAUGACGUGUACCGGCUGUAUGCGGUAUUUCUGUUGGAUCUGCAUGGGUUCUUUGUCUAGAGCAAACCCCUAUCGACAUUUCAACGAUCCAUCUUCCCCGUGUUUUAACCGGUUGUUUCAAGCCGUGGAUGUUGAUGUUGACAUCUGGGAGGACGAGAUCGAAGAUUAGAUCACUUCUGUAUCGCCCAGGGGGAUGAGAGAUGAGACUGGCUUGGACCUCACUGACCAUCCGGUCAAGUGCUCUAGCACCAAAUCUGUGACCCCGCAAAAGGGCUAACCGAAAGAUCCCCUUCCCGUGUAAGAGAAGCCGGAAGAACUUGGUUUCGAUUGCCGUUCUCUGAUGGUUAAGGCAUGUAUCUAUUUUUCCACUGUUACAGAAACUGAACAAAACCGCUAGCCAAAGGUUUAGAAAACAAAACCGAGUCAAAGGAAAGUUAGCUACCAGAGUGACCGAGUCUAAACGGGUGAGGGUUGGUUUCCACUGAUUUUUUUUUCCAGUCCAAUAACGCUUGCAUUUCUAGAGCACUUUUGCUUUCCAAAGUGUUUUCUUAGCGUCAGCCUCAUUUUGGGUCCUCCGUCUCUGUACGGGUAGGAGGUGCAGGAAUCGUGACCCGUUAUUCCUAGAUCAGGAAACUGGGGCGCAGAGGGCUCAAGUUACUUGGCCAAGGGCACGGAGCAGAACUGGGAGAUAGUUCAAAUCUCCUGACUCCCAAGAUACAAACCCAUCCCACCAGAUCCUGUGGCCUUGGACAAAUCCAUCUAUGACCCUGCUUGAGGAAAAGCCAACUCUCUGCCAGGCCAGUUUUUGCAGGGAUCGGGCCGUGCAGACUGGGGAAGUGUUUUCGGCCCCACCAACUGCCCACCUUUGUCCCAGGAACCCUGAGUUGGGCAGGCUCGGCUGACUGACAGGUUGAAUCUCGGGGCAGCUCUGGCUCGGGGUCCCCCCACACCUUGCUCCCACACUUGGUGUCGGGGAAGGGAAAGGGCACCUCAAGUUCCAAGGGUCCAAGCAGGCUGGAAUGGGGGAUGGAUAUCUGCCAGCCCCUCUGGACUGCAGCUGUCCAAAGAGACCCCCUUCAGGUCCAGGAGGAAGCACGCCCCUGCCCCAAAACCCCACCAAAUCAAAAACCAACAACCCUAUCCAUAUGACCUCCAACGGUUCUUGGCCAGCGUAAAUCCCCCUUUCGUUUGGUUCAAAACCACAGCCUGCUUCUCAUUGCACCAUGAAGUGAUGACGGAGGUUCUGAGUUGGUUUUUGCCUCAUCCCAGCUCAGCCAUCUUUGAACCGUUAGGCGAUUAAGUUUUUAUUCUCUGUCUCUCUGACCCGUGGGCCCUUCUCCUGCCUUUGAGGCUCCACUCUAAAUGCCAAAUUGCAGAAAUAAGUCCCAGGAGCGCUUCUCUCAGAGCCCCUCGAGGGCCACCACCCUCAUCAGAAAGUCUUGCUUUCCCCUUCCCGCCAUUCACUUCGCCUUGGGGCGUUGGGGUUUACUGAGUCAGAGAUUGAAUGGAAGGGAGGGUGGUACCCCCAGGGCUUCAGGGCCAUGAGAAGCUAAAAAGGUCCUGUUAUUUACAAGCAUUGCAUCUUCCUGUUAUUCUGCCAGUGUGGGGCCUAAACCAGAAUUUAGCAGGGGUCAGUGGCCACCACGCAGGAGUAAAUGAAGGCUUUCAUUUUUUAAUUAGGACAGAUUCAGUUCUGAUGUGAACUUAGCGUUUUUAAUUAGUUACAAAAUUGCGUUUGGCUUCCUGCUCGGUUUCCCCCGUCAGGUUCUGAAAACUCUUGCUUUGCCGUACAGGUAGUUCUGUUUGCAGAUGUUUAAGUUUCUGCCCUUGGAAUAGAGUAUUUUGCAUCUGAGCCGUUUCAGUUGUGUCUCAAUAGUUGCAGUCUUCCUCUCCUGCCCCCUCCGCACCUUCUCCCCCUAGGAAAGGAAGAUAGGCCCUCCUUAACAUCGAUGGCAUGGGAAAGUCACCUAGUUGAAACUCAUCAGUGUUUCAGCGGACUCAGCUGAACCAUUUUAGAUUCUUAGAAGUCAGUGAGUCAAGGCAGCAGGAUUCAGGUGAGCUGUACCACGUUGGUAAAGGGAGGUUACCAUGGAGUCUUUCUUCUUGAAGUGGCUUGUUCAAACGCAUCCAAGUUCAUAAAAAGGAAGAACCAUGAGAGCUGCGUUAGCUCAGCUGCCAGUUAAGUUCCAAGGAAUAUCCACUUCCCCUGGCCCCUACUGCUCCCCCAGUAGCCAUUCUGGAAGAAGGUGAAGACGGGAGCUGUUUGAAGCCGGACUUCCCUUCUUUCCCCAGCUCUUAAAUGUGAAGGACCUGUUGAACCAACCUCGAGCCCCCUCUAUACAGUGAGGUUGCCUUUUUCUCCACCACGGCAAAAUCAUCCAUUCUUAAGGACUGUUCAGCACUUUCCACAAGCACUGAAUUCACUUUAGAAAGCCAAUUACAUGACUUCUAGGGCUGACCUCUAUUAGUGAAGGGAGUUCUGGUCAGCCAUCACUCCCUUCAGACUUUGGCAUCCCUAGGUUACAGAGAUUGGAACUUGGGUCUCCCAACUUCCAGGCCGGCCCUCUUUCCACUAGGCCACGCUGCCAUAGUCUGCCAGCAAGCAGCCCUUAGCCAAGGAUGUGGUUUGGACUCAAAGCAAGAGCAUAUCCCUUUACUGUCUCAGUUCACUGGAGAUUUACCAUUACCCAACACACUUUGUUCAUUUGUUCUUUGUGACCUUCAACCCGGGUCAGUGCAUUUGGGGAGCAUAUUACUUCAGCAAAGACAUAGGGCUUCUCCUAAUAUAGCUGGAGACAGUGAAGGUACAGGCAAAGAGGAGCGGGCAUGGACUGCUGGAUGGUAAACUCCUAAAGGACAGGGAAUGUUUUGAAUUCUUCCAAAUGCUUAGUACUGUGCUUUGCCCUCAAUAGAUGCUCCUCAAGUACCAGUGACUGUAGAGUGUAAGCCCUUCAAGGGCAGGGACCAUGUCUUUCACUUCCACCGUUUGCUCCCGGCACUUAGAAUAAUGCUCUGUACAGAGUGCAUGCCCAAUAAAUACCAAAAACGAUGAGGGUGCUCUGGCCAGCUUUGAAGUUACCGGGUAUUAGAAAAUGAAGGGUGGAGUUGGAGUGUGAACAAUUGUAAAGGAUUAAAGUGUUUCAGGUUAAAAAAAAAUGACAUUUGGCUAAGUGUGUGUGUCUGUGUGCAUGUUGGGAUUUUGGAUCGAGUCGUUCGGUACUCUACUGAAACGUGGGUCUUUAGUUUCAAGAUAGCAUAGCCCAGCUCCUUAGAGUGUUCCUGAAACAAGAAUUUUUGAUCUGGCCCAAUUGGUCCCCAACUGGCAUGUAAUGGCAGUUCACUCCCAAGGGACACGGCCAGGCUGUUAAGUGUCGCACAUAAUCGCAGUACCCAA